ACAGUCCCACUCCCAUCUUGUGUAUAAGGUGCUGCGCAAUGUUAAUCCAAUGUUGCAUUAUAUUUUCACAGCAGUGAAUGUUUAUUGCCUUCUUGCCUUGCUGACUCUUCACAAGAGUUUUCAUUUGUCCAGCACUUUGUUUCAAGUGCUGACGUAUCAUUUUUAUGCCUGGAAGUGACCUCAUAAAGUGAUGAUGUCAAAUAGAAAAUUCCAUUCUUUUCUAUAUAGAGUAUUUCCAUUCUCUGUGCUUGGCCUUGUGCACUCUGAGUUACUUAAGGGAAUACAUAAUGACCACCUAAAUCUCUUAAACUAAAUAAUCUGAAAGUGUGAGUAUGGAGCCUACAGAAUCUUUUCAUCAGAGACGACUUGUGUCAAACUUGGUUGUUGAAAAUUUUAAAUCCUCAUCUGAUUCUGAUGUGAAACACACUCUGUUCUGGCAAUUCAGGAGACGGGACACUGAAUUUUGUGCAUAUAUACGCAGAUUACUGCAGAAUCCCCUGUUCAACUCAAUCAUGAUAAGCAUCAUCUCACUCAAUGCAGUGUUCUUGGGCUUGGAGACUGAUUAUGCUAUUAAGCUUAAUUCUUAUGCAUAUCUGGAGCUGGCCGAUCUGAUUAUUAUAUCCAUCUACACCACAGAGAUUUUGCUGAAGUUUUAUGUGGAUCCCUUGAAUUACUGGAGGAGUGGCUAUAACCUGUUUGAUGUUCUAGUACUUUUCAUUGCUUACCUCCCAUAUACCAUUGACAAAAAUGACAUCAAACACUACAGGACAUGGAACAUAAUUAAUGGUUUCCAGGCACUCAAGAUUCUGAAGCUUAUCUCCUACAACAGAGGCAUGAGGAGUUUGAUAACGGCUCUAGGCCAGACUGUGAAGACUGUGAUCUACGUCCUUGUCUUGCUGUUCCUGUUAAUGUUUAUCUUUGCCAUUUUGGGUUAUGGAUUGUACGGAGACCCUGAAACGGGAGACAGUAAAAACUGGGGCAACCUCGCAUCUGCUCUUUUCACUCUCUUCUGUUUAGUAACGGUCGAUGGCUGGACGGACUUUCAGAAUGAAUUAGACCAACGUGGUUUUAGUGCUAGCCGAGCCUUCACAAUAGUGUUCAUCUUGCUGGGGUUCUUUCUGUUUUUCAAUAUGUCUAUUGGAGUUGUGAUUAUGAAUAUCCAGGACUCCACUCAGAAUUAUGAACGAGAGCUUAAAGCAGAAAAACAAGCUGUUCUUCAGGCAAAAAAACAGGCCAUAUUACAAAGACAACAGGAAGAAGUAAACAUGCUAAUACACCAGCAGAAAACCAGUGAAUAUAAAACUUUCAGUGAAUUGGUGGAGGACUUUAAAAAGACAUUACAUCAUUCUGAUCCUAUGGUCUUAGAAGAUUUUUGUGCCAGUAUCCCAUUUAUUGAUCUUUAUUUGACAUCCCUCGAUCUUCAGGAUAACACAGUUUAUAGGUUACAAGAACUCUAUUAUGAACUAGUUGGCACGUUGAACACCAUCUUGGAAGACAUAAGAGAAAAAUCCGUGCUGCCCCCUGAGAAAUAUAUGAAGAGUUAAAUGUUCUAGUGUAGAAAAUGUGAUGCUUUGCCAUUGUAAAAAACAUUGUUUAAAAACAGAGCAUAAAUAUACAUACAUAAAAAUAACUCAGAGGAGAUUUACUUCCCCCUUUGAUAACUUAUCAUA